AUGCACGCAGCGGGCUACGAUAAUCUGCUGGCAGUUUAUCGCUCGACUUCUAUCCUUAGCGUCCUCGCAGGUAUCGCCGGUGUCUUGGUUCUACGCAGUACCUUGCGCGCAGCUCGAAGGAAACUCAAGACCACCAGCCUUCGUGGACCACCUGGCACGCACCCCAUAUUCGGGGCAUCGAAGGACCUCUUCGAGUCACCGGACACGGGGGAGAUCUUUGAAACAUGGGCCGAGGAAUAUGGUGUGGCCUACGAGGUUCCGACGAGUUUCGGCGGGAAGAAGAUCAUGUUAUGCGAUCCAAGAGCCCUCGCACACUACUAUGCCCGGGAAACCUGGACAUACUUUCCUUGCAUGUUCCGCUUACAACUCGACAUCCAGUUCGGAAGAGGGAUACUGUGGUCGCACGGGGAAGAUCACAAGAGACAACGCAAGUCUUUAUCGCCUGCAUUCAGCCACGCCGCCCUGCGAAAGCUUUCCCAUAUAUUCUAUAACUGUGCUCACAAAACGAAAGCUGGUUGGGACGCUCUGAUCGACAUGAGUGGCGGUGAAAGUGCUAUCAUCGAAAUCCAAGAUUGGAUGAACCAUAUCUCUCUCGACACCAUUGGCAUGGCCGGGUUCUCCCAUGAUUUCGGUUCUCUCGACGGUAAACCUGCCACAAUCCAAAAAGUGUUCAGUGCCUUCGACGCGUCGGCUAAGCAAUCGUUCCUUGAUAUUGCCGUCGUCCUCUUCGCAGAAGUGUUCCCUGUGUUUUCUUACAUACCGGUGUCAUGUGUUCAAUCACUCACCGACAUGCAAGAAACGUUGUCGGGUGUCGCAAAGAAUCUCCUAGAGAGGAUGGAGAGAGAACAGAAAGAGGGAGUUAUUGAUGGAAAAGAGGACAAGUCGAUCAUCGGAGUGCUUAUUAAAGCUACUGAGGCCGAGGGCGGACGGCAUGUGACCCCCGAAGAAGUGCUAUCGUCGAUGAAAGAGUUACUUCUUGCUGGUUACAUCACUACAUCGAAUAGCUUGACCUGGGCGUUGGUUGAACUCGCCCGCAACCCAGACAUCCAAAGCAAGUUGCGGGACGAGCUCUUGGCCUUUGGUUCCGAGCCAACCUACGACCAGUUGCAGAGUAGCCAGACACUUCCUUACCUCGACGCUGUGGUACAUGAGUCCCUCCGCAUCCAUCCCCCCUUGACAGAUUUUGUCCGCGUGGCAGCAGAGGAUGACGUUAUCCCUCUCUCGGAACCUGUCAUUACCAAGUCUGGUCAGGCCGUCAACAGCAUCUCAGUAGCACGUGGCACGAGAAUCGGGUUACCCUUGGCAUACACCAACCGGUCGACUGCCAUCUGGGGACCAGACGCGAAGGUCUUCCGCCCAGAACGUUGGCUUGAGAGAGAUGGCAUCCCGAAGAAGGCACAGGAUGUCCAAGGAUACCGUCACCUCUUGACCUUUGCUGAUGGGCCAAGGAAUUGUCUCGGAAAGGGCUUUGCAGUGUCCGAGAUUAAGGCGGUGUUGUCGGUACUGGUAAAGAGUUUCACAUUCGAGAUGAGAGAUGGUCCCGACACGCAAAUUGAGCUGUGCAGAGGAAUACUGCCCAGGCCCCGAAUAGUCGGUGAAGAAGGCACGGCGAUGCCAUUGCGCGUGACCCGGUACGAGGGUUUUUAAUGCAUUGAUAUAGGACGACGGCGGGGCCGUCAUCCGCUGUAAUACCCGUAACCUCCGUCCGGUGAUGGGCGAUCAUAUAUACACUAGACCGCAUACAUAUACGUACCUAUACUUUGAUACCAUAAAGCACCAUGUAACUCUGUUAUGUAACUGGAGUUCCUUAGCGUAUUUUUCCCG